AUGAGCUACUUCCGCAUCACCCUCAUGCGCUCGGCUAUCGGUCUGCCCCGCCGCUCAUCAGACGUCCUCAAGGCUCUCGGCCUCAGGAAGCGUAUGGCUACGGUCUUCCACCGCGUUUCUCCGUCCGUCGCUGGCCAGAUCAUGAAAGUUAAGGAGAUUGUCCAUGUUGAGGAGGUGGAUCGUGCUCUCACUAAGCAGGAGGUGCACUUCCAGCGCAAGCCUGACCCUGGCUAUUACAUUGAGAAGCGCAGCGUCGAGGAGCGGAGCGAAUUGAGCCAACAAUAA